GAACAGACAGAAACAACACAUACACGUGACACAGGCAGACCGCUGAAUUAAACCGAAACAACAAAGAGAGUGAUUAGACGGAUAUCUGUGUGUCUUUCGAGGACAAUCAUUUUAUCAGGCUGGAGUUGGUGUGGACAGCUCAUGGGUGCAUCUGUGUGCCGUCUCGGCCGCUCGCUACUGUCUCUCCCGGAUCAAAGCAGGACCGGUCAGAAGAGCGUUCAGACGGGCGGCGAUGACUCUCUGGAUGGGCUGGACAGACAGGACGACAUCGCCCAGUUCUCAUAUGUGGAGUUCACUGGUCGAGACAGUAUCACCUGUCCUACUUGCCAGGGCUCUGGACGCAUCCCAUCAGGACAAGUGAAUGAGUUGGUUGCUCUGAUCCCCUACAGUGAUCAAAGGUUACAGCCCAGGAGAACGAAGUUGUAUGUGGUGCUGUCAGUGAUUCUGUGUCUGCUGGCAUCCUCAUUGGUGGCCUUCUUCAUGUUUCCUCGACCUGUGCUGGUUGUUGAUGACGGCAUUCGCUCUGUGACUGUGCACUUUGACCGCAACAACAGUAAAGUGCUCAUCAACAUGACGAGCUCUCUGAACUUCACCAACUCCAAUUUCUUCACGAUGUGGCUGGACAGCCUGAGCUGUCAGGUGCUUUAUAUGAAGACGGUCAUCGGAUCUCAACAGCUUGACAGUGUCAUCCAAAUUCAGCCGCUCAGUCAGAGAAGGGUCAACUUCACUAUCAGUAUGGAAAUCGGUGGAAGCCUUUCUUAUGUUUAUGCUUUCUGCUCUAUGGCAAGCAUCAAGGUCCACAACAUAGUUGUUUUCAUGCAGACCUCAGUGAAAACCUCCUACAUGGUGCGGACAGCACAGAACACACUGGAAGCUUACCGCUACAUUGACUGUGGUGCCAACUCCAACAUCCACCAGCCCUCAGGAAUAGUUUGGUCGAAACCUCACUUCUCUUAGAGUGGAAAACUGCUCUGGGGAAAGAGACAUUUUUGAACAGACGGUUGGAUUCUUUAGAGCAGCACUAGGGGUCUGUUUGCCUCAAAACGGAGAUCUUUGUGGGCUGAAUUCUGAUAGUUGUACUGAGAUAUUGAACAUGUUGAACAGCGCAGCUAAAAUGUGACACAUUGCUUAAUUUAAUCAUUGCUGAUUGGUUGUUGUGGUCACUACAACACAAUGGGAAUUUAAGCUCUCAACUUAUGGUCUUUGCUAUAUCGAGAGCUUCUUGAACUUUCCAUGGCAUUAAUUUAGAAUCUCUAAAGGGUGUGAUUUUAAUUGUGUAGUGAUUAUUUAAGAAAAAAAGGGAGAGUUAAAUAUUGAAUGGAUUUUCAUUGUCAACGUGCACUUUAAAAUGCCAUUUUAUGUGAUGAUUUUGUGUCUGGUUUAUGAUAUUGCAGUCUUGUAAAAUAUUUUUAACAUUUUUGUUGAUUUAUGUCUUUGCAAAUUUACUCCACUAUUGAAAUCUGCUAUAUCUCUAAUUAUUUUGAUGAGUUUACUUUUUAAUGCUAAAGACUUUGUGUGUUUAAGUUUCAAUCUCCAUUUCUCUGUUGGGUGGUUCUUAAAGUGUUUAAUUCAGCCAUUUAAGUCAGUACUUGAAUUCAUCCACCAGCCACAAAGGCAGAGAUGUGUGUAAUAUAUAGAUAAAAAGCGGUGUAGCAGAAAAUGUGUUCAUGUUUUCAGAAGAGCUGAAAAUUGAGAUAUACGGUAUUUCAGCUCUGAAUUGUUGAAAAUUGUUUCAAUCAACUGCUGAAUAUGAAGUAGCUGGUACAAAAAUAAUUGUCUCGUUUUGGCUCUGUGAUGCCAUGAGGACUGUAAUGAGAGCAAUUAUAAUUUUUCAAGUGCAAUUAUGCAAGAUAUUUUGUUUUCACCCAUGCAUUAGGGCUUUCACCAUGUUGUUAGCAAUUUUAUUAACUUUUUUAUCUAAUGAAAAUUCUGAAAAUACUUAUGGAAAAUUACUAAUCACUCACAAUCAUAAGGAUCUGAUGUAUACUGGAUUUGGUGUUUAAAAAGAAAAAAAGGCAUUUGUACUUUAUCUGAACUUUUCUCAACAUGCCUUAUUGACAAAGAAAAAUAAGAUGAUGAUAAAAUAUUUAAUUCAGUAUUGUUUUGAAUGAGUUGCAUUUAAAGAUCAAAGUAAAUACU